GUGAAGAUGGCGUCUGUCAAAAAGAAAGGAAGCGGAGUUGAAAAAGGUGUGAAUGGAAGCCGUUCGUCCAAGCAUAAAGAAGGGCCAGUUGGCGCUCUGAUUUCACGACGGAACACCCGCAGCGGGAUGCUCCAAAUGAGCGUUAUAAGCGAAAGGACGGGACUUUCAUUUACAUGGGUUUAGCGGCGAGGGAUAAAGGUUUUUCCGUCACAGGCUUCGGUUAUUGCUUUGUCUAAAAUGGCCGUACAACUUAAUAAUUACUCAACAUAUCUUUGUUAUUCUUGUCAUGUUAUUAUUAUGCGUCUAAACACUACCCGAGGGUUAAGAGAACGGAAAUGGUGGUGCAUUAAACCGGGAUAACGUAAUUCAUCAGGAUCCUUCCUCAGUCCAAGCAGCUAGCUACAGCUUUGAACAUGUCUCUCAACUCACUGCUUCUGGUUUUUAUUUGAUGUAGUGGAGGCUGACGUUAUUAUUUAAUAGAGAUGAGGGCAACUAUGAUUUUUUUUUAAUCAUCUGUCAACUUUACAUGUAUGUUUUAGUUGUACAUCUGUUGUAUAUCUGUUACGUGUUUUUCAGCGUGACGCGCUGUUUCAGUUUGUAGCGGAAAUGUAACGUUAUUAACCGACAAAAUAACCAUAUUUAUAUUGUAUCAUUAUUUAAAUAACGUGCCAUGCUCAGUGGCUGUUCUUCACAUCAUAUCAAUCCAUUAUUACUAAUUUCUGUAAACGAUACGAUUAAACUGGAUGUUUACCUGACAUUGACAUUUGCACUGCUUGCCUGUUGAAAGAAUUCAGGUCAGUGUUUUCCAUACGUUUUGUUGAAUUGGUAUACUCUGGAGUUGCUCAUGUACACUAGCUAUUAUUUACUAUCGUACACUAGCUCCUCUCUUGCUCUAGUUUGUGCUUUUAUCAGCUCAGUGUCUAAAGUAUUAUCUGAAACAACAUACAUUUAAUGUAUUAUCAUCUUAAGCUAGUGCUUUACACUUCUCAUAGCCCUGUCAUACAUAUAUGGCUCACUGGUGUGUUUGUGCCUUAUUUGAGAUUUAUAAACUCAUUUUUACGCACACUUUACCAAAUAACAUACCAUUGAUUACUUGGAGGGAAAUGAUGAGGGCCAUGUUUCCUGUUGUACCUAUUUAACUGUUGAUUAGACACUAUCCCUCCUGAGUGAAUUCAAGUAGGUAUUUCAGAUGCACAACAUGUCAUUAAGCAGCAGGUAAUGUGAGUUAGGCAUAUUGUUGUUUUUUGACAGCAGACUCAAAGUGAUAUGGUGAAGGGAAACCCAACUGUGUAAUGCAAAGUGCAGUGGCGGCCUAUUUUACUGACUUCCUGUUGUUUGCUUCGGGCAUGUUUAAAUACAGGAUGUGUGAGUGGAACAAGGGUCAACACCUCCCCCCUCCCUUGGAUGUUACACCCACCUCCACGGUUCCUCAGCUAGGCCACAGAUGAUUAUUAGUUACACACUGUAUAUUGAAGGGAGUGGUAUCUGGGUUAUGUAGUAGAAAAAAACACUGGAGCCGAAGGGGUCUGACAGUAUAGCAAGUGGCACAUUGCACAAUAAAAAUCAUUUGGUGUGAAUAUUCAGCAUCAUUUUGCCAAAUUUUCUUAGAUUACUUUGAUGAUACUGUUAUGACCAAUGCAGCCACAUCUUGAUAUUGGCCUUUCCUGUCAGCGUGAAUAUUGAUAUAUGUGAGACAUUGUCCAAGAUGGACUGAAGCCUAGACAGAAUCCUCCUCUCUGCCACGGUCGUCAGGGUGUCCAGUUCCUCCCCCACAACAUCACCGGCCCUCCUAAUCAGUUUUUCAAGUCUGUUGGUGUCUGCAACCUUCAUCCCACUGCCCCAGCAUGUGACAGCGAAGAAGAUUGCACUGGCUACAACAGACUCAUAAAACAUCUUCAGCAUCGUCCGGCAGAUGUUAAAGGACCUCAGCCUCCUGAGGAAAAAGAGUUGACUUUGGCCUUUUUUUUGUAGACGGCCUCUGCGUUUCUAGUCCAGUCCAACUUGUUAUUAAAGUACACCCCCAGGUAUUAUUCCUCAACAGUGUCCACUGGGACCCCCUGUAUGGAAACAGGGGUCACAGCUGCUGUUUUCCCCAUAAUGAAGUAUUGUAAAUCAAUGUUAUGUUUUAUGCAUUCUGCAGGUGCUAAUUUCCAGCCGUAUGUUUAAUAUCUGAUACUGUGCCUGAUAUCACUAUAUCUAAUAUCAAUGUUUUCCCCCAAAACACUUCUUCUGGAAGUCUCUGAGUUUAUAAAUGUAUAUGAAAGCCACAGUUAACCACUGGUUAAUUGAGUAUUAAAUCCUAAUUAAGACAGCAUACGGCCAUAAUCUCCGCCAGGGUUUUUACUGCAGCAGCUUCCUGGCUGAUGCCAAGUGGGCAGGAGGUCAAUGGGUGUUCCACGUGCUGCAGUCAAUAGGAGGGAAGAUAAGGACCUGGAAGGUACUUCAGAAAUGUCAGAUAGACAGACAGACAGAGACACACAGUCUCUAGGAGUAAAGUAGAACAAGGUCAAUACACAACAUUUGACGCAGUAUGUAAUACAUUCUCCUGCUAUCAGCCUGACCUUUUUGGAAAAACAAGAUCUCUGUGUUCUAGUUGUCAAGGCUUCAUAUGUUGUGUGUGUGCUAGGGCACACGGACACACAAACUAUUUUCCCUUACCACAUUGUCCCACUGUCAACGUAAACAAACAGCUGAGGUGAAGGGGGACUCUCCUCCCCCCCGUUUCCCGAACAUGAUUUACACAGAAGCAGCUAUGAAAGCGAGAGAGCCUAUCACAGUGGCCUGUCUCUUUUCUGUCUCACCCCCAGCCCCCCCCUUCUCUGUCUCAUUCUAGUUCUCUUUUUUCCCCUCAUGCUCUCAUUGUUGUUCUGGAAGAGAAGAGACUCGGAUGAACUUGGAUGCCGUGAUGGACACCAGGGCAAUUUUCGUGGCGGUCCACGCGGUGUGUGAGGAGAACGUCGCCUUCUUCUCGGGCGGCGCCAAGGGGUCCCAGGGGGAUGCGGCCCGCAGGCUGGUGGACUCCAUGACCCUCAUCCAGGAGCACGCUCGGGGCCUGGAGCCCGUCAUCCACGGCUUCACCUCCGUCUACCACCACUUUGACUUCGACCCGCACAUACCCGCCAAUGGCUACCGCUCCCUGGUCAAGGUGGUGCGCUGCUGCAUUCUCCACAUCAUCCACAAGGGGCGCUACAUCAGCGCCAACCGCCGCAGCAUCUUCUUCCGUGCGGCGCACAAUGCGGGGGAGAUGGAGGCCUACUGCAGCGCCCUGUGCCAGCUGCGCGCCCUGCUCUACCUGGCCCAGCGGCUGCUGCACGACAACAGCUACGGAAACCUCUUCCUCCAGGACGAGAGCGGCCUCAGCCAGAGCUUUGUGCGGGAGUACGCCUCCAUGCACAAGGGCUGCUUUUACGGCCGAUGCCUGGGAUUUCAGUUCAGCCCGGCAAUCCGGCCCUGUCUGCAGACCAUCGCCAUCGGCCUAGUGGCGUUCGGAGAGAACUACAAACGACACCAGUCGGGAAUAGGCGUAGCCGCCAGCUCGUUCUUCACCUCAGGGAAGUACGCCAUCGACCCUGAGCUCCGGGGGGCCGAGUUUGAGCGCAUCACACAGAACCUGGACGUGCACUUCUGGAAGUCCUUCUGGAACAUCACAGAGACAGAGGUGCUGUCGAGUCUAGCCAGCAUGACCUCAACGACGGUCAAGGUUAACCGAGCCCUCUCUGUGCCGCCCGUGCCCUUUGACCUCCCCCUGGUAGACAACCCGAAUGUCUCGGUGAACAUAGCUGCGCCUUCGGCUCACAUUGGCCCAGCCCCUGUUCAGAUGAGGCUCAUAUCCUACGACCUCCGCGAAGGACAGGACAGUGAGGCGCUGCUGUCCCUCACCCGCUCUGAAGGGGGCGCCAUGUCCCUGUCACUGGGACUCAAGACCAAGCACCUCCCGCCGUCCCCGUGCCUGCUCAUCCACUUCCAUGGUGGGGGCUUCGUGGCGCAGACCUCCAAGUCCCACGAGCCCUACCUGAAGAGCUGGUCCCAGGACCUGGGGGUUCCCAUCCUGUCAGUGGACUACUCCCUAGCCCCGGAGGCCCCCUUCCCCCGAGCCCUGGAGGAGUGCUUCUAUGCCUACUGCUGGGCCCUCAAGAACCACCACCUGCUGGGCUGGACGGGGGAGACUGUGUGCCUGGCGGGGGACAGCGCCGGAGGGAACCUUAGCGUGACCACGUCGAUGCGUGCGGCGGCACACGGCGUGCGCAUGCCCGACGGCAUCGUGGCGGCAUAUCCUGCCACCCUGCUCACCGCCUACGCCUCGCCAUCCCGCCUCCUCACCCUCAUGGACCCCCUGCUGCCGCUCAGCGUGCUCUCCCGCUGUCUGGCCGCCUACGCAGGCAGUGCAGAGCAGACGGAGCGGCCCGUGGAGAAGGUCAGCACACUGGGCAUGGUAAGGAGGGACACGGCCCUGCUGCUCCGGGACUUCAGACAGGGGGCGUCCAACUGGAUCCAGUCCCUCCUCGACCCCAACAAGACCUCCACCCCCGCCAUCACUGGCCAGACCGCAGAGGGCCCAGCAGCAGACCCUGACGCGGUGAGGAAGAGUGUAUCGGAGGCGUCCAUGGCCUCCCGCCAUGCCGAUCCCCCCGUGCCUCCGGAGACGACAGACUUCUCCUUCAGGAAGCAGUCUCUGAAGAGCCAGACCUGCCAGGACCUCAGCUCCCAGCGAAACCCAGACUCCCACAAUGCAUCGUUGCUCCCGGAACGCACACCGGAGGACGUGAGCUUCUUCCUGGCCGAUAAGAUGGACCCGUCGUUCAGCCUGGCCCUCUCCUCGGUGGCCAUAGCGCCCCCCACUGUCCUGGAGGCCGACGGCUCGGAGCCAGAGUUCCCCAGGGAGUUCCCGGUGGGCUUUGAGCCACUGCGCUCGGACCAGCCGUCCAACAUGACCAUGCAGAGCUCCCCGGUGGUCCUGGACCCCUACUGCUCCCCGCUGCUCGCCCCCGACAGCAUGCUGAGAGGACUGCCCCCCGUGCACAUAGUGGCGUGUGCUCUGGACCCCAUGCUGGAUGACUCUGUGAUGUUCGCCAAGCGCCUGCGCGGCGUCGGCCGGCCCGUGACCCUGUGCGUGGUAGACGACCUGCCGCACGGCUUCCUCAGCCUGUCGCAGCUGUCCCGCGAGACCCGCGAGGCGGCGGACAUCUGCGUGGCCCGCAUCCGCGCGGUCUUCACCCACGAGGCGGGCAGCGCCGACGCCACCGCCAACGCCACCGUCACCACACCGCCGUCGGAGCCACGCAAGCACCGCAGGCUGGAGAGGACCCACAGGGCCUCCACCCUCCCCACCGACGGCGGUGGUGGUGGUGGUGGUGGUGGUGGUGGUGGCGGUGACGGUAGGCCCGCAACUCCCACCCUAUCCACGGGGAACAGCGUCUCCGUCGAGGGCGGGGAGGACGAGCCGGCUGAGGUCUCGGAGGUCUCAGAGGUGGGAGAGGGAACGGCGGCGGCGGCGGUGCCGAGCCAGAACGGAGCCGAGGCUGGCGGCAUCGGGGCGUAGAGGGGCCGUGGGGGGGGGGAUCGGAGAAAAUACUUCUCCAAACCCUGCAGGUUGGGGAGGUAGAGUUGAGAGUAAAGCUCAGUUUUGAAUGAUGGAACAAAAAAGGCAGAGGGCCCCCUGAUGAAGGACGCCCUCCCUCUGUUUUGAAAAAAUUCUCUUGCAACCUGUCGGUGCUCCGCCUCGCUGAAGUUCAGCAGCCCGGCCCGUAAGAGAACAAGUAAUGCUGUAGACCGCCCCGCUCUUAUAACAAUUGAUGUUUUCCCUCAGAUAGAAGAGUUCUCUAGCAGCUGCACACAAAUGGGCACGCAUAUGUCUGCACGCACACGCACAUAGCACACACACACACACACACACAUACACAAUCUUUGCCUUUAGACGGGGGAGACUCUUGAGACGGGUGCGUCCGAGUGUUUGUAAGUGGAGGCCGGAGCAGACGGUUCGUCUGGGCCGUGGUAUUUGUGUCCUAAUCAGGUAUCACUGGACAGCGGAGCAACAGAGACAUCGCUCCGCCUAAACGGCCGCUUGUCCAUUGGGACAUUGGGUCAUUCUAAAUCACACUUAAUAACGUCACAUGGGCUGUGUGUUAUGCCCUUUUGGCAGUUAAUACGGCCCACUGUGUGGCUAGUUGAUCGGCUCCCUCCUCUCUAAAUAGAAUUACCAGGCUAAACAACAUCUAACUUAUGAAGGGUGUUUGGGGGGCUCAACUUGUUGAAUUGAUUCUCUUGUUUUUUGGGGACAACACUAUUACAAUACUUACACUCAACUAUUGUUAAAUAUGCAGUUAAUCUGAACCAGUCAAAUGGAUCGAGGUAUAUUUAGUUUGCUACCCUCUUUAUGCAGUAUUAUACCUCCACGGUUUUCCUAUUUUCUGAAACAAAUGUUUAUAUAUAUUUUAUUAGACUGAAACUUUGUUUGUGCAAAAUAUUGUUCUGGGCUCACUGUGUACCUUUCUCUUCAGCGGAUGGCACUGUGGUUGUUGAUCUCUGUUCAUCCCAUGCUGUGCGCUCUCUCUCUCUAAUGCUUUGUGCUGAAGCGUUUCAAAGUGCACACCAUACACAUUUCCCUGUCUCGGUAGCUGCCUGGCUCCUACCCGUACAGUGUUGGUGCGUUAGCGUCCAUAAUGCUCUCUCAUUGAAUCGAUGCGUUUUAAGAAGAAUACUGACAUUCACACCUUUUGACAAAUGAGAUUUGUGUCUUUAUCAAUGCAAGCAGGUCCUGGUUUUGGGUUUCUGUUUCGUUUUAAGAGUUUUAUGUCAACGGAAAUGUUUGGAGAGAAGACUGAAAAUUGGUUUUGUAUUAUUUUUUUAUUAUUCAGGGUGUUAACGUUGGCACAGCCGAACCAUAACUGUGAAUAGUAAUGGAUCAUAGCAGGAGUGGUCUAUCACUUUCUGCUGCUUCCACGCUGAUUGUGGCACACCUGUUACAUGACAGCUACAAUAAUUGCGUCAUUGCCUUAAACCAUCCAAAACCAUGUAUUACUUUAUGUAUCGGGGUCCAUGUAAACGCCCGCUUUCAACUGAGGAAGUGGAGUAAGAUGAACCUUCCGUCCACUUUACACACGUUCCUGACCUCUGACCUCGCCCUCAUAUACCCCAUCCAAUGUGUGUUGUAUGUUGAACGCAAGAGUUAACACAGCCACUUCCUGUUGGUUGGGGGAGAAAAGCUUAGGAAAAACAACAAGAAAAACCUUAAGGGCCUAUAGACCCUGCAAAUGGGCUCCAGCAGAGGUCGUAGAAACCCAUUAAAUUCCUAUUUUCCAGCCGCAUGUAGAUGAUGAUCCCUACUGCGCGCCCUGUGGUUCCACCAGCUGAGGGAUGAUUGGCUCUUGCUCGGGCGACCCUGGGAUCCCGUUCAGCUGCUUCGCCGUGGAAAAAUGUGUCCUUUCUGGAGGGUCAGUGUGUCUCCGUCAAAGUCCAAAACUAAAUAUAGACGCAAACAACCACGGAGCACCCCCCCCCCC